GUGAAGUUCAUAUUACGGCUGCUCCAGUUUUUAUUUGUAGCAUAUCCUGGUUAUUCAUGCCCUUUAGAGAACACUGUCUGCAAAGACAUCAGUAUCUUAAUACACAAACCAACCAGGAAGAAUCUUCAAAAAUAUCUAUCCGAGCUGCAGAUUUCAAAGUCAAGCACUCGCCCCUGGCUCGGCUGGCUGGAAUGGACCUACAUGGAGCAAUACACUUCUCGGUAGUGAGCUGAGGUUUAUUGAGCCAUAUUCUCUGAACGAGCCUGGAGUCUAUGAACUAAUCUCUAAAUCAGGGGCUAUACUGCAGGAUAAUAUGUUGUCAUGGGCCAGUAGUUGCCUAUACUUUGCCCACAAUCAAGGAGAGCUCGCUCUGUGGAAGUAAAGUUUACAAGCAGGAAGUGGAUCUUUUGUGUGUAUAUUUGAAGUGCAGAGGAGUUGCUAGUGCUUGUGAAAGUGUACCAUAUAUUUUGAGGUUCUUUUGAUUAUAAAUAUUAAUGGACUAGUCUGGAUAUUUGCAUAUUUUCUCUGUUGUUGACACAGAAUUCCUGUUCUAGAGACAAUAGUAAAUAGAAGGUUGAAAAGUGUACGUACAGAGGGACAGACAGGAACGGCAGGCAGGUCAUCACUCACAGAAUGACAGUGAUAAGUUGAUUACAACCUUGGGAUUUAAUUAGUACAGGAAUACUUUCAUCAUCACCAGGAAGCCAAAGGGACCAACAUGGCCUAUCACUGGCAGAGUCAGGGUCGCAAGACCAGCGGGGUGGAGGAUAUGGUUCUCCUCAGCAAGAUUCAGGAGGGCGCCAUUGUAGAAAAUCUAAAGAAACGUUUCAUGGACGACCUGAUAUAUACGUACAUCGGUCCGGUACUGAUAUCAGUCAAUCCAUUUAAGCAGAUGCCUUACUUCACAGAGAAGGAGAUUGAUAUGUACCAAGGAGCUGCUAUAUACGAGAAUCCCCCUCACGUCUACGCUCUUACAGAUGAUAUGUACAGAAACAUGUUGAUAGAAUACGAGAACCAAUGUGUAAUCAUCAGUGGAGAAAGUGGAGCAGGAAAGACUGUGGCAGCCAAGUAUAUCAUGUCAUACAUUGCGAAGGUAUCCGGGGGCGGAGCUACUGUUCAGCACGUCAAAGAUAUCAUUAUCCAAUCAAAUCCACUGUUAGAAGCCUUUGGUAACGCAAAGACAGUGAGGAACAACAACUCAAGUAGAUUCGGAAAGUAUGUAGAGAUCCAGUUCACAAGAGCCGGAGCUCCUGAUGGCGGAAGGAUAUCCAACUUCUUGCUGGAGAAGUCCAGAGUGGUCAGUCAGAACACCGAUGAAAGAAACUUCCACAUCUUCUACCAGCUACUGAACGGUGCUAAUCCCCAACAAAAAGAGGGACUUGGUCUGACGACCCCAGACUACUACUAUUACUUGAACCAGAGUGGGGCAUAUAAAGUGGAUGGGCUGGAUGAUGUUAAGGAAUACCAUGAUACACUGAAUGCCAUGUCUGUGAUUGGAAUCUCGGAAGAUAAUCAAGAGAAUGUCCUCUCCUGUGUAGCUGGUAUCCUUCACCUCGGCAACAUAGUCUUUAUAGAGAAGGAUAACUAUGCCGUCAUUCACGAUGAUGAGUUUCUGGACUUCCCAUCCUACUUGCUUGGCCUGGACAAGGAAGCCUUACGUCAGAAGCUGAUAAGCCGUCGCAUGGACAGUAAAUGGGGCGGCAAGGCAGAGUCCAUCGAGGUCACACUAAACACAGAGCAAGCAGCUCAUACCAGGGACGCUCUGGCUAAAGCCAUCCAUUCAAGACUCUUUGACUAUCUCGUCAACUCAAUCAAUAUUGCCAUGCAGAAGAACAAGGAAGAGAUCACGAUAGGAGUUCUUGACAUCUACGGCUUUGAGAUCUUCCAACAGAAUGGCUUCGAACAGUUCUGCAUCAACUUUGUGAACGAGAAGCUCCAACAGAUCUUCAUAGAGCUCACACUCAAAGCUGAGCAGGAAGAGUAUGUCUCAGAAGGUAUAAAGUGGAAGCAGAUAGAUUACUUCAACAACAAGAUCGUAUGCGAUCUCAUUGAGAGCAAGGUACCACCUGGCAUCAUGUGCAUCCUGGACGACGUCUGUGCGACCAUGCACGCAGUGAGCGAGGGUGCCGACGAGAAGCUAUUACAGAAGAUGAACAGCGCGGUAGGAACGCAUCAACAUUACCAGGUCUUGAGUGGAGGAUUCAUCGUACAUCAUUACGCAGGGCAGGUACGAUAUACAGUAGAGGGAUUCUGUGAAAAGAAUCGAGAUGUACUGUUUACCGAUCUUAUUGAACUCAUGCAGUCCAGUGAAAACGCGUUCUUCCUGGAGCUAUUCCCAGAGAAGGUAUCAGGCCAAGCCAAGUCAAGACCAACAACAGCCAGCAGCAAAAUCAAAACUCAGGCAAACAAGCUUGUUGAUAAGCUCAUGAAAUGUACCCCUCAUUACAUCCGCUGUAUCAAACCAAAUGAGACAAAGAGACCGCAUGAUUGGGAAGAAAAAAGGGUGCACCAUCAAGUUGAAUAUCUGGGACUGAAGGAGAACAUCAGGGUCAGGCGAGCUGGUUUCGCUUACAGGAGAGAAUUUGAUAAGUUUCUCAGGAGAUAUGCCAUAUUGACAAAGGAAACGUGGCCAAGGUGGAGCGGUGAUGUCAGGGCUGGGGUCACUCAUCUGCUACGUUCAGUUAACAUGGACGAUGACGAGUACCAAUUAGGAAGGAACAAAGUCUUCAUCAGGAAACCAGAGUCUCUCUUUCUACUGGAGGAACAGAGAGAGAGGAAGUUUGACUUUCAUGCUAGGAUCAUUCAGAAAGCAUUCAGACAAUUCAAUGCACACAAGUACUAUCUCAGACUCAAACAGCAAGCCAGCGACAUCCUGUUCAACAAAAAGGAGAGAAGGCGUUACAGUCUGAAUCGUAACUUUGUCGGGGACUACAUUGGCUUUGAGCACAACGUAACCCUACAGGCCAUGGUAGCCAGGAGAGAGAGGAUAGAGUUUGCUGACAAGGUCAACAAAUAUGACAGGAGAUUCAAGGUUACGAAGCGAGACCUUCUCCUGUCGGGCAGGAACAUCUAUCUGAUUGGUCGGGAACAGAUCAAGAAAGGUCCAGAGAAAGGUCAGAUCCGGGACGUUGUCAAAAGGAAGAUCCCUCUAAACCAUAUACACAGUGUAUCUCUCAGUACUCUUCAAGAUGACCUGUUUGUUCUCCAUGUAACAGAGGAAUACGACAGCCUUCUGGAGUCCGUCUUCAAGACUGAAUUCCUGACGGUACUCGACAAGAAGUUCCAAGAAACUCUCCAGCAGAAGCUCAUUGUCAACUUCAAUGACUCGAUUGAGUUUACAGUGAAGAAGGAAGGAUGGGGUGGGGGAGGAACAAGGACAGUCAGGUUUGCUCAGGGUCAGGGUGACAUUGCCCUUCUCAAGCCGUCCAGCAAGAUACUGACCGUUAGCAUCGGUAGCGGACUCCCACGCAACUCAAGACCUGGACUACGUGAGGUAAAAAUAACAAGCCGAGACAGACAAGCCAGUAACCGUGGAAAUGGUCAUGUGCCAAGGAGAGCGGCUCCAAGUCAGCCAGGCCCCGGAAGACCUAGUGCUCCGUACGCCCUGGUCCAGAAGAGAGGGGGUCCUACCAGUCCUACUAAAGGAGGCAUGAGACGUCAUUCAAGUCGUAGGAAAAGUGGAGAGCAGCCCCACCUACCUAAAGGAGGAGCCCAGAGCUUCGCCAAGCAGUUCAAGAUUAAUACUGGCAACCAAGAUUACCUGCAGACACCUGACGCAGGUGUAGCAGGCCAAAAGCGUAGGACCAUCAAGGGCAGCCGCCCUGCUCCAGGAGCUGGCCGACCCAAACCAAAACCGCAACCACCACCUCCUUCCAGACCCAAGUGUCGCACAAUCUAUGCCUACGAUGCUGGUGAUACAGACGAGUUGUCUUUCAGGGAAGGGGAGACAAUAGAAAUCAUCACAGAAGAUCCAUCUGGCUGGUGGAGAGGCAAGCUACGAGGGAGAGAGGGACUCUUCCCCGCCAAUUACAUCGAAAAGAUUUGAUGACAUCCUUCAUGGCAUCAUUCAUGCCCAUGCAUCUUAUUAUUCAGCCAUCACUUUUAGUAUCUAACAUGGAUAGAUUAUCAUUCCUACUUGUGUCAAGUAUUUUCUCUAUUCAAUCCAGGAGUUUCUCAUGAUUUUAAAAGUGGCAGCAGCAUUGGGGGAGGGUUACAAAUGCAAUUUGGGUUUAGGUUGGUGACAUGUGGUAUAUCAUUGGGUUUUUAUGUGAUGUUAAUAGUCAAUAUCGUGUAAAAUAUAGCCGUAGAGCAAUUGUUUGAAGGAGAUGGGACUAUUUAACGGUAUCAAGGACACAUUCUAUGGGUGUAAAUCUGUGACAUCAUGCUAUUCAAAUGGGGGGGGGGGGUGAAACACUAAAUCCCCCCCUUCCUUUGAGCAAUACCUUCACUGCUCAGAUUUACGCCCGUGCAACAUUCAGUUCAGAAUGUUGGUUGAGUGUGAUUGCAUUUAGUAGUCAUUGAAAAUGUAUCAGACUAUUUUCAUGAGGGAACGAUUUAUUUUCAUAUAUGUGAUUAAAAUUAACCUUUAUGCUUAAAUCAUUCUUUUGAUUAAAUCAAUCUGCAGCUGCAUCUGCAAUGACUUUAUUUCUAUCUUUUACUGUGAGCGAGAAGUUAAUAUGCUUGUAUCGUUUCCCUUUGACUUAUGGUCUUUCGACUUUCUACGAAUGAUUUAUAAACAUAUAUUUUUAGCAUUCUAUUGAGGCAUUUUGACAUUCCCAAAUGGACAUUACCAAAUUAGCUUCCUUUACACUUCUUUCACUGUUCCUAAUUGUAUCUUUUUUUCAAUAAGUAUUUGCAAGUACAGACAUUACAAUCUGAUGCCAGUAUAAUAUGAUCCAUAUCAUAUUUUUAUUUGAGGCUCAUAUCACUCCCCAGGUAGAGGAGUUUGUGUACUCUAUCAUAUGUAGCUUAGCAAAUGCUUUAAUACAUAGUUUCAUAACAUAAAAUUUCAUAAAAUUUAGAUGUAUCUGAUAUUUUUUUAACCAUAUACACAAGCUUUACAUUUUUUUUUUGGCUGGCCCAAACAGGAAAGAGUGAGCUAUAUUUCAAGAAAUAUGCCAGAGCCCCAAAGUAUAUUUGUUUGAUGUUCAGAUGUUAAUUGCACUAGAAUAUUUCUAGAAGCCAAGUUUGUCUUUCAUAUUUCAGUAAUGGUGAUUAAAAAUACAACAAUGGACUGAUAAUACCAAAGCUUUUGUACAGUUAUUUUUCAUACAGUUUUUGAUAUAUAUUUCAUCAGGUUCCAAGACAAGUGCAAAUUGUCAUUUAUAUGAAACACUUAUUUUUUUGUGAUGUUGUUUUCUAGCCUCUAAUAAUGUUUACUUUGUUUGCUUUCAUGUUCACUUCUUAUUAUUCAUUCAUUAUUUGAAAGAAACUCCAUUAUUUGGAAAAAUCUAAAAUCUUUAGAAAUUACAAUAAAUAUUCCAUGUACAUGUAGUUAUACCUUCAAUAUGUAAAUUUGCCAAUAAAUGGCAGCCAAAUUUUAAAGAAAAAAAUGGUCCUAAAGGGGCAUCUACAUCAUGACUUAGUACGUCAGUGGAUAUUAUGACCCUGUUCACGUUACCGUUUACUGGAAACUAGUUUAGCGAUCUUCCAAACCACUUUGGAAAAAACCAACUCGCGAUGUAGUUUUCAAGAUCGCCUUGCCUUGUUAAACUGGUUUUAACGUAAGUGAGGACACAACCUUUCUUCAGGAAGCAAUCUUCUAACAUUUUGAGCAUGCUACUCGACAAUCUGUGUGUAGAAUAUCUACUCUGCGGUUUCAAAUUUUGCACGAAACAUGCCACCCCAUUGACUGGAAGUGUUCCUGUAGCAAAGCGAUCUUCCAAACUGGUUUCCUGAACCAGUUUCCAGUAGGCUAGUUUUUAAGAGUGUAAUGAGAAGAAGGUCAUAUACUACUACUGGACUUACGUUAAUUGAAGAUUUCACUUAGGUUAUCAGUUGAUUUGGAGAAUGACACCAAAUAUGUUUUCUUUGUCUGAGCAUGGUAACGCCAAGUUCUUGUGGGUAAAGUGAUUGAGUCACGACAUGUUCCUUUUAUUGAAUUUAUCACACUUUCAUUUUCCUCGCUGCAUCUUCAACAGUGCUUUCACAUUCUGUUUUUAGCAAAUACUGUGCCUUCUGAUCUAGAUAUAUGCCUUGAUAUGAAGCUACAUGUAUGUGAUUACUAGGCAUCUGGACUUGUUUUAAAAGGAUUUUAUGAUUUAUUUUUUUAAAACCUUCAUUGUGUGCGGAGGGUUUUUUUUGGUGGUGGCAUUUUGUUUCUUAGGCAGACUACAGCUUUUCUUUGUAUGUUCUUUUUUUUUCUGAAAAGUUCUGUUUCAGAAUUGUGGAUAGCUGAAUAAUAUAUACUUGUAAAAUAUUAUGAACUUUAAUAGAAAACUAAUCAUAAAUGGAAAACCUGUAUAUAAGUUUCAUCUUAAUUCUGAUUUCCCAAUGAAUUCCAGAAUUCCUUCAAGAUAUUGGAAUUAUAGCUUAUUUUUCCAUAUAAGUUAGCUGCAUAUUUAGUGCCUUUCAAUACUCACAUGAAAUUAUAACAUAUUAGAUAAUGAAAAGGAGAGUGGGAAUGAAAAGUAGGUAGUAAGUCAACAAACAUUUCCAAAUUUUUAUCAUCAGGACAUCAUUAAAGCUAAUGCCUUUAUACGUUUGGUCAGACGUCAUUGAAUUCAUCAAAGGUUGAAUUAUUUAUAAGGUAGAGCAGAACAUCUCACUGGGGAAUUUGACUUGGCCAAUAAGCUGAAUAGUAAUCUUAAAUGAUGCAAUUUUUCAUAUUGAAAAUGUUUAGUAUAGAGACCAAAAACUUUGUAAUAUGAAGUAAAAUACAUGAUAUAAAAUGAUCAGACAACAUUGUGAUGCUUGAAAAUAUUCAUGAAUUAGCAGUUGCAUCAAGUUAGUUCCAUGUUUAGGUCUAUAAUAUGGCAAUGUUAUUUUUGUUAAUCAUGUAAAAUAAAUUAUACAAAACAUUUUGAUAAUAAGUGGCAUACAGUAUGUACAAGUACAAUUUGAACUCUUUUUGUCUGUAAUGCUUAAACUUCACUUGUGAUUGUUAUGACAUGAAAUUAUAUAAUAUCAGAUGUAUAUCUUUUUGUUUUUUUUUCCAAUUUAUUUUUUAAGAAAAUCUUUAAGUCACUAGUAAAUUAUGGUAUUUGAUAGUGAAAUGUAAAAGUAUAUUGUGUCCCUUGUAGUGUAUGGCACGUAAAUAUUUUUAUUUUGUCAUUUUCUUCAAUUUAUUUCAGUUCUUUAACAUUCCUAUGCUUUUUAAAUCAAUGAUUUGGAGAGGAUAAUCAUUCUGGUAUAUAUUCCUUUUUGUGUUAAUGCAAAGCUAAAAAUUAUAAAUUUAUGUUUAUUUCCCCCUAGAAUUUUCUGCUCCUCAGAAUUGUUGAUAGAAACCAGUGUAUUCUAGACAAAAAAGGGUUUAAUAGUUAUUCUGCUCAAAUCAUUAUUUAUUAAAGAUGAUUUAUACAUUACUUCUUAAAAAGAUAGAUGUUGAGAAAUGUUCUCAUCUGUUAAUGUUUGUAUAUAUCCUUAUUUCUAAAUUUAUAUAGUAUUGUCAAACCUGACCAAUAGUAUUGGGUAAAUCUCCACUCAUUUGCAGACACUUUGUAAUAUACUGACAUAUGAUAUUACUCUUCAGCUCUACGCACUAUAUUUUGACAAAUGCAACAAAUGUAUAUUUUUUGUGAAAGUAGAAGAGAAACACUUCAUCCCAAUAUUUGACCUCACCCUUUUUAAGUGAUUAUUAUAAAUCAAAAUAUAUCUAAAGCUAUGUUUCUCACAAAUAUGAAAGUUUUUGCUAUUUACAAGUUUGGUAAUGAAUUAAAAUAUUUUGGGGACAU